UAUUAUACACAUUAUUAUACCCAUUAUUGUUAUAUGAGAACCAAGUCCGUACCCCGCAAAAAAAACACAAAAACUUACCGCAUAGAAAUUUCGAACCGACUUCUUACUAAAUUGGUCGCUAAAAGAGCAGCUAUGGAAUCUUCUCAGGCUACCCAGGAAUUGGACGUAGGUUCGGUUUAUGAAGAUUCCCUCAAUGUAAUAGAAAAUUGGGAGGAAAGCGGCGAUGCAAACCUUGAAGAUUCUCAGCGUUUUUUCAGUCAAGAGGAUGUUCAUAUCUUGCCAAAUCUAUGCGACAAUAGGAUUAGUAAAACCGAUCGUAAGAGAAACAAUCAAUUUUGGAAUGACCCUAUAACCAGACGAACGGGUCCUCUAUUCGUACGGCCUUAUUUUAGUAAAUCAAAAGGUGUAUGGUAUGUACACUGGGUCAAAUUAUCUAGAAAUUGGGAAGAGAAUCUUGCGGGUUGUUGUGGUAUCCACUUGAAAAUCGAACAGAGUGAGUUGGGAGAGUUCAUCAGCAUACUCAGACAACUUUUGAAGGAGAUAGAAAACGUGGGAUUGAAUAAACUUGUUGCCAGGCUUUCUAAGAGCAAAUAUUCAGCAUGUGAAGAUAUGGAGGAUAUUCAAAAAUUCUGGGCAAAAGACCACACUAUUUUUUUGAAAAGUGGAAACGUGGCUGUCCGUCAACAUUUCAACCAGGAAGAUACGUACAAUAUUCAUAUGUGGUCAAUAAAAGACAUGCAUCAUGGUCCAAAAAUAUUUUUGAACCCCGGUUAGACAAGGUUGCCGUUGAUUGAGGAGGUUGCGUUUAUUGAGGAGGUUGUCCUCGAUCACAUUGAGGACAUCGUAUAUGCCAGGGAAUAAUAUAAUUUUUUAAUUUUUGAUAAUAAUUUUGCUCUGUUUAUGAUUUGGUUGAAUAAUAUAUUAAAAACUUAUCAGACCGAU